UUGGCGUCAUUCUGGUGGUAACUGUCAAUCGAGUCGGAUGGGAAAGCGCUAGAGUGUCGGCCGUCAAGCACUGCACCCAUCCAUUGGCAGCAUCCGUAGUGUGUGUGCGUGCGUGCGUGUGAGCGCGUGUGUGUGUGUGGCUCACAGUAGCUUCGCACCCUCGCCAAUAGGGAGGAAAAUCUUGUGUGCACGAUUUGAGUUUUCUGUUUUUAGUUGGCUUUGCUAGUGCUCUUGCCCCAAAAGAGCCAACCAAAUCUCCCCAACACCACCACCACCACCACACAUUUUCCUGUUGGAUCGGUUGAAUAAAAGCUUGCAAAGAUUGCAACAGCAAUAGAAAUCACAGCUAUGCCUGAAGUGUUACCACUUUCUGGCAUGGCUGACGCCGAGCCGGACCUCUCGACGUUCGAGAACAAGUCUGGUCUGGCGGAGGACAUGAAGUUCCUCGCCUCGAUGCCGGAACUGUGCGACGUGACAUUUCUGGUCGGCGAAACGCGCGAACCGGUCUGCGCGGUGAAGGCAGUGCUGGCCGCCCGGUCACGCGUCUUCCAGAAGAUGCUCUACCAGGCACCGUCACCGCAGCGCAAAAAGGAACCGCCACCGCGCGAGAACAAAUUGCGCCUCUUCCUGAAGCGUUCCUCGGAACCGCUGCUGAAUCUACAGAAUGCGGCGCAACAGCCUGCGGGUCAGCAGCACCAAACGCUCAUUAUCGAGGAGUUUGAGCCGGACGUAUUUCGGCAGCUGAUCGAGUACAUCCACACCGGCUGUGUGACUCUGCAGCCACGCACACUGCUCGGUGUGAUGAACGCUGCCGACUAUUACGGGCUCGAGGAACUUCGACGUGCGUGUGGUGGGUUCGUACAGUGCUGCAUUAACGUGGACACCGUGUGCGCACUGCUCGCGUCGGCUGAACGCUACAUCCAGUACAAGUGUACCAAGAGUCUGGUCCAGAAGGUGCUCGAGUUUGUCGAUGAGCAUGGCAACGAGGUGUUGAACUUGGGCAGCUUCACGCUGCUGCCCCAGCACGUCGUGCGACUGAUACUGGCCCGGGAAGAGCUGCGAGCGGAUGAGUUCACCAAGUUCCAGGCGGCACUGAUGUGGAGCAAGAAGUACUGCGACUCGAACCAGAACACCCCGCUGAAGGAGGUGAUUGGGAACUUUCUCGAGUACAUCCAGUUCCACAAGAUCCCGGCGAAUGUGCUGAUGCGCGAGGUGCAUCCGCUCGGGCUGGUGCCGUACUCGAUCAUCAUGAACGCGCUGGCGUACCAGGCAGACCCAGCAAGUGUGGACCCCGGAAAGCUCUCCCCCAACUCCAGCCGACACCAUCACCACAGCCAGCAUCUUCACCAGCCGACCGGUGGCAGUGGUUCGAGCAGUUCCCGCUCGCUGCCCAAGAUACGGAAGGCCAAGUCGCAAAGCUUCCGGACACGCCGCAGCCCGUCCGAGCGAAGCUCCAAGGGUGGCCACAUAUCGCCGUGGAAUUUUAGCACCAGCACCAGCACACAGCAGCAACAGUCGCAGCAGUCGCAGCCGGCAAAGUCUCCGGUUGGCAGUAUGACCCAUCUGGAGCAGCACCGCAGUUCGAUCAGUUCGGCCAAGAGUCCGUGUCUGUCGCGGCAAGGUACGCUGCGUUCGUCUCAUCGACGUAAGAGCAGUUUAGGAGCGUCGCUCAAUCUGAGCCAAGGUCGGCGCAGUCCGAGUAGCAUGCUGAACGAUCGAAGCCCUUCGGGGCGUCCAAAAAGUCCGAACCUACUCAUCACCGAUCAAGCGUAUGCUCAGAGCUUUGAUCGACGGUCGCCGACAGCGAUGUCCUUCUCCGGGCGUCGCAGUCCAUCCGGGUUGCGAUCACCCUCUGGCGGUCUCCGAUCACCUUCCGGACGUCGGAGCCCGCUCGGCUUCAACCUGCAGUCGGAGUACUCGGAUUUACUGCAAAGCCAGCAGGACCGUUUCAGUCCCAACUCGCUCAGCAGCCACCAGUCGACGAGUGGGCCGGACAGACGCACAAGCCCAACCAUCCAUCUACCUCCAGAGCGUAGUCGCAGUCCGGUCGGAUUCGGGUCCCGGCUCGGAGGCAGUCUGUAUGGGCCCGCCGGUUCGGAAUGUCGUUCGACUCGCACCAGCCCCACCACCCUUGGCACCAUUCCACCCAUCACUAUCUCCAACCCUUCGGAGACGUACGAGAUCGUACAGAAGUCCAUCGAAACGAAUCAACAGCAACGUAGUCCCAAGAGUCCGAAGAGUCCCAAAAGCCCUAUGAAGCCUGAACCCGGAGCGGUUGGGUCAGCCCCGGAAAAGAAAGAGAAAACGAGCGUCAUGAAGGAGAUACUGGCGUUCGUGCGCAAACCCUCUAAGAAGGUGACAACUCGCACGAGUAAAUUUGCGGCCGCCUUCACACGCACCGAGUCUACCACCGGGGCACCGCUGUUGCGUCAGAGCACGUUCUCCAGCAUUCAGAACUCAUCCAGCUGCGCUGGACGGAAUGCCAUCACCAAGCAGAUGUCGGAGAUUGCUUUCGAACCGAUCAUGUCAUCGCUCAAGUGGAAGAAUGUUGGCUCCAAGAUGUCACUCAAAUCGCUCAAGAAGCUUUCCCAGGGUAUGAGCGUUUCGUCGGAUGGACGAUCGCGAGACAAGCGUUCCAGUGGCGAUGAGGUGAGUGAUGUCGAGAGUAGCGAUGGAACAGCGGCUGCCUCAGCAGCAGGCAUCCCGGGUACGUCGGAAGGCGUAUUUGAAGUGCUCGAAAGCGUCCACUUUGAGAAGGUCGGUGAAGCGUACAUCAAGCACGAUCAGAUACGGGAAGAGGAAAGUCCUCGAGGAUCGCAGGAUAGUGCGGCUGGUAGUGAUGAUGAAGAUAGGCAUGGCGCCGACAGCGGGGGCCGUUUAAGGGUGACAGCUGUCAGUGAGAUCAAAAAGUCCUUGGAGGCUCUUUUCACACGCCAGGAACCGAUUGAUGAAGCGGGUGAGACGGGAACAGCUCGAGAACCGGAUGCAAUCCAGUGUCCCACGUUUGAAAUUGAGCCACCAUCGAGAAGAGCCUCGUUUGAUCCUCCUCGAUCGCCAUUCCUGGAGAAUCUGCGCAGUCUGAGUGAUACUGAUCACGAAGGAACGCAUCACAGCCGGUUGGAUUCGGGUGGCGAUAGCUUCGAGAUGAUUGACACCACCGAUCGUAUGCCGGGCUCGAGUGUUUCGGGCGAUCGUCACUCAUCGAUGGACACCAGCUUCGAUAUCUCACGCUAUCAAUCCACUUCUUACGAGGAUCAAAACUCAAGCUUCGAGCUGGUGGAGCUAGACAACUCCCAGCGCGGUGAUAAAACUCUCUCCCCGUUCGACAUCCGCAAGUCUUCUAUAGAGCUGGUCGAUGCCGAAACUUUCCAGCGUUCCGGAUAUCCCGAAGGUCGUAAAUCUUCGCUCGAAACACACUUUGAUCUGGCCGAUAGCUAUCAACAGCAUCACCAGCAACGUUCAGCGAGUCCUCGUUCGGCGUUCUCCGUGAUCUCAAGCUCGCGGGCUCCUACCAGGAAGCAAAUUUCCGAACCAGGUCGCUGCCGGGACUCACUUCCAAGAUCCGGUGGCCCUUCCACAGCCACCGGCAUGAAAACGCACUACUCAGCACCUCAUCGUGCCAAAUCGCCACUGUCCAACCAAACCUCGUCCAACUUCAGCUCUCGCGAUAGCUACGACUCCAUCUUCGAGUCCACCCCGCCACCACACUACCACUCGCAGCAGAAGAGUCCGUACUCAUCAUCCGACCCGAAGCAACACUUCCCCCUGCCACCCCGUAAGUCGUCCAACGAGUCACCCCGGUUCCUCUGUACCGAUAAGCGCUGUGCCGCCAUUUUCGAACCGAGACCGUCGGUCGGAUCGAUCGGGCAGGUCGGGUCGGGUGUGGCAGGGACGGCCACCGGUCGCCUUUCCUCCUGCUACCUGGACACCUCGAGCGGCAGUGAGUUUGAACCUCCGUCACCGCGCCGUGCCGCCAGUGCCUCACCCAAGCACACCUUCACCUUCCGGAUCGUGCUGAAGAAGGUGGACAGCUCGCCGGACGCCAUCUGCCCGUCGGCCGAACGGCGCCAGCUGCGCGAAAAGGCCGAAAGCCGCCACAAACGGCGCGACAGCCGCCGGAAGAAGCUGCUCGAAAUAGGGAAAAGUUUCUAAGGAGCGGAACUUCACGAACGAGAUCAUCAGAACCAGCGGGUUGGAUCUCAACUCAACGAAGGAAUUGCGUUCUGGUUUUGCGUUAAGUGCUUCGUUUCGUUUGCCGUUUCGGUUUCGUUUCAGGACCGCGAUAAAGGAGGGAAAGGUUUUUUUCUUUCGAGUAGAUACUGCUCGAAUAAGUGAUCAGUGAACUUGUUUUGAAUUUUAGUUUACGGACAAUUUUCUGUACUUCCGAUUGAGUUACAGUUUUACAAGAACGAAACAUUAUCGGGAGAGCUUGAUACUUCAUUAUUGACUACUCGCAAGGAAAAACAAGGGAUAAAAAAUUACAUUUUGCAAGCAUUUAAAUACACUCUAGCCGUCGUUUUUUGCAUGUCUUGACAGUCAUCUCAACUCAAUCAUAUCAAUAAUAAUCGAUCGAUUCCCGUUUGCAUAUUUGAAUAAUACGAUUCACAUUCCCGUGUGGCAUUCCCAUAUGUAAUAAUUCAGAAUUCAGAACCAGUUCCAGCGAUUAAUAAGAACGUUUUUUAACAUCUCCUCCAUCUUGUGUGACGUAUCACGCACGCACACGCACUCCUUACAAAACGAAACGUGUUCAAGUAAUAUUAACAGACAAGCUGAAGCAUACUGAAGCUGAAACGAAUUUUGUAAGAAGAGAACUAAAGCUGUACCGUUACCGUUCCUCCUCAGGUGUAAUUGAUAAUCGUGUAGGACAUGAGCAGCUAGUGCUAGCUAGUUAAAAACUGUCACCGUUGUUACAAUGCAAUCCGUAACCGUCGCAGACAUCACCCAACUCUCGUUCCUAUUUCCCGAAUGGAUUGCGCAGCUGAGUGUGGAAGGAUGCGCCAUUCCUGUUUCCGGCACAGGCACGAGUUUGUGUUUCCCGUCCGUGCCUUUUUGCUCCUUUCACUCCCCUAUUCAAGAGACGAUGUUGAACUACCAAAAUGUCAAACAUUCGAUAGAGAAUAGCUAAGCAAGGAAGCUAGAUAUAUGAAAGGUAGUAGAAAUGUUACAUUUUUCACUCAUUCGUAAAUUUAUCAAAUGUUACCCGAAGUCAUAUAGGAGAGAUGCAAGCGUUAAACCGAACUACACAACGUUCCACAGGUGUGGUUCCAAAAUUCAGCACAACAACAGAAAUGGAAAACUCGACUGAACUGACAACUCUUAUCUUACUAGGCAGAUAUGGAGCCACAUUGUAGACAGGGCAAUGAGAAAUCUUCUACAAGGAGUCAAGGGAACUAGCUAAACUACAAGAUGAGAACAAAACUUUCCGGGAUCAAAUCGUCUUCUGGCAGCAUCCAAACGACUCACUACUACUAGUAUACACGGACGAAGAGCUCACUGCUGGUUUCUAGUAGCUAUUGCAGGAUUAGGGUAGGAAUACUUGAGAGAUACUAGGGACACUCGACGACGCAAUAGUAAACUUAAACAGAACCCCUUAUAUCGUCCACAAUCUGGGACAGAGACGCAGACGAUCGGUACGAUCAUUCACAAGCAAGCCAUGAAGCAGCUGUCAUGUGGAGGGAAUCACAACUCGAAGCACAACCCAACGCCACGACCAAAAAACAAGACAGCAGAGACUCUCUGGAGGGCCGUCUUACUGUGUGUACGCCUAAUGUUUCCUUUCUUUAAGCGCUGAAACGCUAUCCCCCCCCCCCUCUCCUCGCUCCCCGCCAACAUAACGUUCCAUCCUUGCUAUGUUAGGUGUAACAACUCCAAACUGAUAUUGUGCAUACAUAGUGCUUUCCUAGUCGAUACGCACAAAGAUUACCGGGUUGAGGAUUGUACGUGGGGUUUUGAAAUGUUUAUAGGUGUAUUUUUGUGUGCGUGUGUUCUUGAAUGUCGGUCGUCUAUAACGUAUAUAGCGUGAAAACCCGAUCCUCGUCCAGAGAUGCAAACUGAAGAAUACCGAUGAUUAAUUCCCUAUCAAUGUGCGUACCUUUCAUCUCGACAGCUCACCGAUGAGUAGUGUGACGCCUAAAAGUAUGCAAUAUGAGCUUUUCAUUCGCUUCUUACUCAGGGUCUCAAGGAGAUGUUGAAUAGUGGGUUCUAGCAUACAUUGCAUACUUUUAGGCGUCUUACACGCUAAAGAUGUACACCUAUACCGAGAUAUUCAAUGCAAAUCAAAUGAUUGAAUAGUAACAAAUCCUCAGUUUCCUUAAUGCUACGCAUCCUCCACGAAUCCUUAUGCUGUCAUUCUGUGUGCCAACAAGAAGCCUUCAGCGACUCUUCAGCAUCAGCAUUACUCCUCUACCGAACUAACAUUCUGCAGUUCCCUACAGUACGCCUAUCAGACGACAUAGACGGGAAUUCCUCAUGGACUCAUCCCACCCAUACAUAUACGACCUUCACACACCACCCAAAUCGCAUCGUGACACAAUCAAAGUAACGUGAAUCCAUUUGUCUACAUCCAUUUAAUCGGUGUAUGUUGAUUGACAAAUUAAAACAAAAACAAACCAAAAAAAACAGCCAAGCAAAAUACAUAUAUAUUGAUGAAAAAA